AAACGCUGCUUUGGUGGCCUGUGGAUGCUGGCGCUGCGGAGAGGGCAGGCUCCAAAACCUUCCCGGGUUGGAGAGAGGAGUAGCGGUUCAUUUCGAGACAUCAGCCAGCAGUCAUGUUUGAAAUUAAGAAGAUUUGCUGCAUUGGUGCUGGUUAUGUCGGUGGGCCAACCUGUAGUGUUAUUGCACAAAUGUGCCCCAGUAUCAAAGUUACUGUUGUGGAUGUCAACGAGGCCAGAAUCAAUGCCUGGAAUUCAGACACGCUCCCAAUCUACGAGCCGGGGUUACAAGAAGUAGUAGAGUCCUGUCGAGGAAAAAACCUCUUCUUUUCCACCAGUAUUGAUGAUGCCAUUAGAGAAGCUGAUCUUGUAUUUAUUUCUGUUAAUACACCAACAAAGACCUAUGGAAUGGGAAAGGGCCGAGCAGCUGAUCUGAAAUACAUUGAAGCUUGUGCUAGAAGAAUUGUACAGAAUUCAAAUGGCUAUAAAAUUGUCACUGAGAAAAGCACAGUUCCAGUACGUGCUGCAGAAAGCAUUCGUCGAAUAUUUGAUGCUAAUACUAAGCCUAACUUGGAUUUGCAGGUGCUGUCUAACCCGGAGUUUCUUGCUGAAGGAACAGCCAUCAAAGACCUGAAGAACCCGGACAGAGUGCUUAUCGGUGGAGAUGACUCUCCAGAGGGACAGAAAGCUGUCCGUGCUCUGUGUGCUGUUUAUGAGCACUGGGUGCCCAAAGAAAAAAUCAUCACAACCAAUACCUGGUCAUCAGAGCUUUCUAAACUGGCAGCUAACGCUUUCCUUGCCCAAAGAAUCAGCAGCAUUAACUCAAUCAGUGCUCUCUGUGAAGCUACAGGAGCAGAUGUUGAAGAAGUAGCAAGAGCUAUUGGAACAGACCAAAGAAUUGGAAAUAAAUUUCUCAAAGCCAGUGUUGGGUUUGGAGGCAGCUGUUUUCAGAAGGAUGUCUUGAAUUUAGUGUACCUCUGUGAGGCACUGAACUUACCUGAGGUAGCUCGCUACUGGCAACAGGUAAUAGACAUGAAUGAUUAUCAGAGAAGAAGAUUUGCUUCCCGCAUUAUUGACAGUUUAUUUAAUACCGUCACUGACAAGAAGAUUGCUAUUUUAGGGUUUGCUUUCAAAAAGGAUACUGGGGACACAAGAGAGUCAUCCAGUAUCUACAUUAGCAAGUAUUUAAUGGAUGAAGGAGCAAAGCUGCAUAUCUAUGACCCUAAAGUACCUAAGGAGCAAAUCAUCUUUGAUCUCUCACAUCUGGGUGUCUCAGAAGAUAACCAAGUGUCUCGGUUGGUCACUAUCAGUAAAGAUCCCUAUGAAGCCUGUGAUGGAGCUCAUGCCCUUGUGAUUUGCACUGAAUGGGACAUGUUUAAGGAAUUGGAUUAUGAACGUAUUCAUAAGAAAAUGCUCAAGCCUGCAUUUAUCUUUGAUGGCAGGAGAGUUCUAGAUGAUCUUCACAAUGAGUUACAAGUCAUUGGCUUCCAGAUUGAAACAAUUGGGAAGAAGGUGUCAGCCAAAAGAAUUCCUUUUGCUUCUUCAUGUGAAAUUCCUAAAUUCAGCCUGCAGGAUCCACCUGUCAAAAAGCCUAGAGUAUAAUGUUUAAUAGAUACUGAAGGAAUUCUGUGGAUCUCCUUAGUGAUAAUACUGUAAUCCUAUGCUUUUUUUUUAAGGAAAUAUAUUUUUCAUAAACUAAACCAAUUUUACACUAGAAAUGGUACCUGGUACAUGUGAAUUCAGUCUAUUUUCAAAUCUCUAUUUUUAUAGCAAUUUUUUUUGAUUACUCAAGAUGGUACAAACCUGUUUUUAAUGAUCAUCUUUUAAGUGAAAAAGUUACCUUCAAACUGCAGAUUUCUGUUUCCAGAAAUGUUCCUAAACAGCACUUUAAAUAUUUCAAAUGAUAAGAAAACAAAAGAAAUAGAAUAUCUUUUUACCUUAGUCCAGUUAUAGACUGUAAUCAGUCUACAGACUGGAACUAUAGUCUGGAACUUGGGUAUAGACUGGAACUUUGGUCUCACCAAUUCUUUUCUUUUGGGGUGGUUCUUUGCCCAGUUAAAUGCCUGCUCUAACUGGCAUUGAAGUCAAAGAUCAUUUCUAAGUAAAUUGGUAGGGUUUAGGUCCAGCCCUAAGGUAGAACUGACUUCAACAAUAGUGUUCCAGUCCUGGUUGGGAUCCAUUGGCUGAUGCAGUCUAAACUGCAUCUGUUGGGAAACCAGAUAGUUCUGCAGGCAUCAGCUGUGUAAUUAGUGCCAGUGGACAGCAGUU